AUGGAUUUCUCAUCUCAAAACAUAGACUCCCUUAUAACACAAACAGCUGCUCUAACAUGGGAGGACCCUUCCUCUCAGCUAGAAACUCUCCCCUCUGAACUUGUUAAUGAUGAACUUCUACCUUUGGUAGGACAAGUCAUUUCCCAAAAAACUCAAAACAAUCAAUCUGUUAAUGCAGCCCUGACCAAAGCCUGGUUCUUUGCCAUUCCUUUCUCGUUUGCUGUCCUUGGCCCAAACACAUAUCUGUUCAAAUUUUCUGAGAAGGACCACAUUUCCAGAAUUCGCAAUCAAGUCUGGAAUGUUAAUGGGUUCUUGUUAGCUUUACAAACUUGGUCCCCCACAGCUACUCUAGGUGAACUCUCCUUAAAAGAAGUUCCUUUCUGGAUCCAAGUUCAUGGUCUCCCUCUACACAACUUGUCUAUCAAAAAUGCCAUUGCUAUUGGGAAAGGACUGGGUCACCUUGUGAAAGUUGAAGAUGCUAGUGGAGUUGAUACCCCUUUUCGCAGCUAUCUAAGGCUUCUUGUUGAUGUGGAUAUAAGUAAGCCUCUAAAUCCAGGGUUUCUCUUCACCAGGAAUGAUGGAACUUCCACCUGGAUCAGUCUGAAAUACGAAAGAUUGGAUGUCUAUUGCACCGAAUGUGGAAAGAUUGGCCAUAAACAUUUCUCAUGCCUAUCCCCUCAAGCUGCCAGAGUUCCUUCCAGGCCCACCAAUAUCCUCUCAUAUGACCCAGCUCAAACUGCCCAACUCAAGCCCAUUUCUUCUGAAUAUUUAAACACAAUCCACUCACCAGACCCAGCUAAAACUUCUCAACACAAGCCCAUUUCUCCUGACAAUUUAAACACAACGGCUUCUAUCAAUAUCCCCUUUUCCUCUUCUGUUCCCACCAAAUCCAGCCACACUUCAACCCAAUACAGUAGGAAAUCUCCCUACAAUAUUCGUCCCCCCAAAAAACCCACCUUACCAUCUCUAGAGAAUUCUCAUACUCCCCCUCACUCUCCCCCAUCAAGCCCUCUUUCUUCUCCCACUCAUCAGAUCAAUAAGAAAAGAACUAGACUGUCAGAUUUAGCCUUUCCCUCAAAAAAACGUCCUGGUGCUUCCACUACUAAUGUUGAACAUCCUAACCAACCCCAUUCUCAAUCCCCUGUUUUCACCCCAGGUUCUUCUGAAAAGCUCCCAGCUCGAUCUAUUUUUAGAGCUGCUAGAAAAGGGAAAAACAAACUUGUUUCAGUAGUUGUGGCUGCUGAAGUUGACUCUGUGAAAAAGGGGGGCUUUGUUAAGCCUCCCCAGCACCAAUGA